GUGACGGUGCUGGGGUAUUUCCGAAGACGGGAGCAGCAUUUCCACGUUGCGGAGCGUGCCCUGAAGGAUCCCCUCUGCUGAAGCCUCUGACAACAAUUGAAUAGUAGGAAGCGCCGCGCGCUGACUACUUUCCUCCCCAGAAACACUACCACUUCCCUCGCAUGCCUCUACUCCGCUCGCCCGAACCUGGCGGCCAUACCGCCGCGCCCCACUCCAUGAACAUGGAAAGCGUACUUUUGGUUUUUGUAUCCAUACUGCUAUGUUUGACCUCCACCUCGGCAUUCCUUAUCGUGCAAAACCCCAAGAAGCUGUGUCUGUCCAUGGACAAAUCGACGGUUAUACUCGGGAAAUGCGACCCCAAGAACUCCGCUCAGCAAUGGGAGUGGACCAGCGACAUGCGGCUGUUGCACGUGAAGUCAUCGCGGUGCCUCUGGGCCAAUAUGAACGGGAACCUGCCGCCGCACGCGCGCCGGGUCGAGCUCAGCCAAUGCGAGGUCGCGCCGGCCUGGAGGUGCUACGGCUCCGGAGGAACCUUCGGAUUAGACGAGGCGCCGAUGUUCUUGAAGAAACUAGGCCGCCACGCCAUCAUUAGGGAUGACCCCCGGUAUUCUAAUUGGACCAAGUAUAACGCGGAUUUAGGAGGGAAAAACGUGAGGACGUCUUUGUGCCCAGAAAAAGACACCAGCCUCGUCUCCACCUCGAUGUCUUCUUCCACACACAAACCCCUCGGAGAGAGCAGUAGAACGGACUCUACAUUGAAAUCCGCAGCAGGAACGGAUCUUCACAAACAGUCGACAAACACCGCCACCAACGACAGGAGCUCCAAACGCAGCUCCAUACCCCUAGCCCACCACGGCACCUCUUCCAACAGGCUCGCCACCGAGGUGGACGACGUCAUCCUGGACCGCACCAAGAGGGCCACCAUAACCCAAUCGGUGCCCGGGGUUUCAACGGCUUUCACCGAGCAAGCGCCGCACGGCAACGGAACUCUGGCCGCUCUGUCGUCGCGGCGGUCUUCGUCCGCGUCCGACGUGUCAGCGGAUGUAUCGUCGGCAAGCGAGGCAGGUCGACAGACCCCGGCAACAGGCCCAAAGACCCGGGCAACAGGCCCACAGACCCUGGCGACAGGCCAACAGACCCGGGUGACAGGCGUCCAGACCCCGGCAACAGGCCCACUGACCCCGGCGACAGGCGUCCAGACCCCGGCAACAGGCCCACUGACCCCGGUGACAGGCGUCCAGACCCCGGCAACAGGUCCACAGACCCCGGCGACAGGCGCACAGACCCCGGCGACAGGCGUCCAGACCCCGGCAACAGGCCCACUGACCCCGGCGACAGGCGUCCAGACCCCGGCAACAGGCCCACUGACCCCGGUAACAGGCGUCCAGACCCCGGCAACAGGUCCACAGACCCUGGCGACAGGCGCACAGACCCCGGCGACAGGCGUCCAGACCCCGGCAACAGGCCCACUGACCCCGGCGACAGGCGUCCAGACCCCGGCAACAGGCCCACUGACCCCGGUGACAGGCGCACAGACCCCGGCGACAGCCCCACAAACCCCGGCGACAGGCGCACAGACCCCGGCGACAGGCGCACAGACCCCGGCGACAGGCGUCCAGACCCCGGCAACAGGCCCACUGACCCCGGCGACAGGCGUCCAGACCCCGGCAACAGGCCCACUGACCCCGGUGACAGGCGCACAGACCCCGGCGACAGCCCCACAAACCCCGGCGACAGGCGCACAGACCCCGGUAACAGGCCAACAGACCCGGGCGACAAGCGCACAGACCCUGGCGACAGGCGCACAGACCCUGGCGACAGGCGCACAGACCCCGGCGACAGGCCCACAGACCCUGGCGACAGGCCCUCAGACCCUGGCGACAGGGACGGGGGGCUGGACAAAGACCCUACCGGCGCAAAGGGCUCCUUUGGCCUCUGCUCGUGGAGACGUGCCAGCAUCGACGGCGGCCACAUCUGCCCGUCUGGCUGCCUCUACGAUUUCCUCGGAGCCCGGCACGAGUGGCGAGACGGAUCCAGCUGUCCCCUCAGUGGACCGUUCCGUGACCACUGAGCCUGAGGUCGCUGCUACUGGUGUUGGCGCUUUGUCGUCCCCCGUGGAUGCUUCUAACACAACGUCGAACCUGGCUGCUACUCAAGCACCGGUGAUAAACAGCAGCGGCAGCACCAGCAGCAGCACCACCACCAACACCAGCAACACCAGCAACAGCAGCAACAGCAGCAACAGCAGCAACACCCCAGACACCAACACCACCACCACCAACACCAGCAGCAGCAGCACCACCACCACCACCACCACCACCACCACCAACACCAGCAACAGCAGCAACAGCAGCAACACCCCAGACACCAACACCACCAACACCAUUGACACCACCACCACUGACACAGCCGACACCACCACCACCACCACUGACACCACCACCACCACCACCGACCCCACCGACCCCACCACCACUGACACCACCACCACCACCACCGACCCCACCACCAACACAAUUGACACCACCAGCACCACCCACGGUAACAUUAGCGCUGCAUCGCUAAGGACGGACGACGGGGCUACGUCAAACCCGGCUUCCCCCGCCUCCGUGGAUCACCUCACAGACACGGAGGCGACGGCCACGCUCAGGUUACCUGCCGAGUCAGCGACGACGGCCAGGGGUCCACCGCCAUCUGAACCCCAGGUCACGUCUGAAACGGCCACCGCAGGGAACACGACCACGCACACCCACCGGAAACCACGGAGCACCCCCCUCAUGACCUCGCCCCAAGCGAGAGUCACGCCCCUUUUAUCAAUACACACGCCCACCACCAUGAUAGCCACGCCCCUUACCUCGACACACCCAUCAUCCACCAGGAUAGACACGGCCCUUACUGCAACAGACCCACUUUCCACCAUGAUAGCCACGCCCCUUACCAUGACACACCCACUUUCCACCAUGAUAGCCACGCCCCUUACUCUAACACAGUCACCUUCCACCAUGAUAGCCACGCCCCUUACUACAACACACCCACCUUCCCCCAUCAUAGCCACGCCUCUUACCUCAACCCACUCACCUUCCACCAGGAUAGCCACGCCCCUUACCUCAACCCACUCACCUUCCACCAGGAUAGCCACGCCCCUUACCUCAACCCACUCACCUUCCACCAGGAUAGCCACGCCCCUUACCUCAACCCACUCACCUUCCACCAGGAUAGCCACGCCCCUUACCUCAACCCACUCACCUUCCACCAGGAUAGCCACGCCCCUUACAUCAACCCACUCACCUUCCACCAGGAUAGCCACGCCCCUUACCUCAACCCACUCACCUUCCACCAGGAUAGCCACGCCCCUUACCUCAACCCACUCACCUUCCACCAGGAUAGCCACGCCCCUUACCUCAACCCACUCACCUUCCACAAUGUUAACCACAGCACUGACUUCAUCAACUCCACCUGACAGACCCACACCUCAAACAAAGACAACGGCGCCUAUCACAAACACGGCCACUGAAGCCCUAACCUCGAGGACUAAGGCUUUCUCAACCAUGCAAACUACAACCUCCACACCCCCUUCCACUACAGCUACGGCAACGCCUAUCACCUUGACAACCACGACCACCGACACAACGGUCGCGCCAACGACCACGACAGAAGUAACAACCGCCAUACCAAUACAGACGACAGAGGGUGUGGGGUGCACCGUGAACAUCACGGAGAUCAACGCCAGCGCAGACUCCGUGCUGGUGAAAGUCAACACACCUGGCAGCGGCUGUAACUUCACCGUGUUUUAUAAUGAGACGCCUCACACUGAUGGACUCGACUGCGAUCUGUUCGGGGAUUCCAGCAACGCGUACACCUGCGAGAUAAAUCCGCUGGAAGCCGGCACGCUGUAUUCUUUUGUGGUGCAAUCCAAAAACGAUGGAGAAAGGGCCGUCAUUGCAGUGCGCACAGACCCGCUGGCUCCGUCCGGGGUUGAGAUCCAGCCGGACCAGGCCCAGUACCGGAGCUCGGCCCUGGGGCACGGCGGUACCUCCGGCCUGCGGGUCUCCUGGAGGCCGUCCCCGGGCCACGUCGACUGGUAUGACGUCCUGCUGGAGGACCGGGCCGGGUCGGAGCCCGGGCGAAGCACCCGGGUCACGGGCACCGCCGCCCCGCAGUCGGGCUUCAGCGGCCUGACGCCCGGGACCCGCUACACCCUGGGGGUGGUGGCUACGUCAGGCAACAAGAGCAGCCCGGCUGUCUGGACGGACACCGCCACAGCUCCGGCCACGGUGAGCGAUCUCCAGGCGUCGGCCUCCUCCGACUCUGAAAGCCUCAGUGUGUCCUGGCAGUCCGGCCAGGGAGGACAGAGCUGUUGCGGGUGGUGCUCAGUGACCAGGACGGGGCCGUGUUGGGGAACCUCACCGUGGGCAACGCCACAAACUCCAGCGUGUUCACCGACCUGCGACCUGGAACCUUCUACGUCGUCACCGUGGUGACUGAGGCGGCUGGUCUAAAGAGCGCCCUGUCUCAUCGAGUCCCCACAGGUAUUUGUCUGUCUGUCUGUAUCUCUCUCUCUCUCUCUCUCUCUAUCUCUCACUCACUCACUCACUCACUCACUCACUCACUCACUCACUCACUCUCUCACUCACUCACUCACUCACUCACUCACUCACUCACUCACUCACUCACUCACUCACUCACUCACUCACUCACUCACUCACUCACUCACUCACUCACUCACUCACUCUCUCUCUCUCUCACUCACUCACUCACUCACUCACUCACUCACUCACUCACUCACUCACUCACUCACUCACUCACUCACUCACUCACUCACUCACUCACUCUCUCUCUCUCUCUCUCUCUCUCUCUCUCUCUCUCUCUCUCUCUCUCUCUCUCUCUCUCUCUCUCUCUCUCUCUCUCUCUCUCUCUCCCCCUCACUCACUCACUCACUCACACUAACGCUCACACUCCCUCUCUCUCUCUCUCUCUCUCUCUCUCUCUCUCUCUCUCUCUCUCUCUCUCUCUCUCUCGUUAUACGGUGUGGCGUUCAGCCGUUUUAUUGCUCUAUCAUUCCGUUUUCAUCCAAACAGCAGAAUGGGAGCCCCUUGUCCUCAUCAAAACAAGCGGUCUCUUAUAGUGACACCGGACUGAAACACUGUGUUUAUCUCUGAUGAGACGCCCUCUCCCCAAGAGGCGGCCAUUCUUCCCCGGCAGAAAGUACAACAGUUCAGGUUGAGGGAUCACACUUUCAAAAGGAUUGACUCGUUUGGAAGUUCAUUGUUUUCCUUUCCAGUGCUGCGCCCCUGCCCCCCCCCCCCCCCCCCCCCCCUUCUCCCCAGUCUCCUCACACUCCACCAGCGUCACCCUAGCCAACUUUUCCAGGAUAUUUUAAACUGCCGUCCUCCACACCUUUUCCUGUGGCCGCAGCUGUAGUUCUUUUCAACCUUCGUACUUCCCUGGACACACUUUCAUGUACACACCACACACACACACACACACACACACACACACACACACACACACACACACACACACACACAUACAAGCUCACGCAUACAAGCACAUGCAAGUUCACACACAUACACGCAAAUGCACAUAAGCACAACAAAGACAAAGACACUCAUGCACUCACAA